AUGGAGGAGAUAGCGCCGGAAUACGAUGUCGUCGUGCUUGGGACUGGCCUCACGGAAUGUAUCCUGAGCGGGGUACUGUCGGUGAAGGGCAGCAAGGUGCUGCACAUGGACAGAAAUGACCACUACGGAGGCGAAGCGGCAUCGGUGAACCUCGAGACCAUGUUCAAGAAGUACGGCAACUACGAAGCUGGCACUGAGCCAUGGAAGAAGUACGGCCGCGCAAAUGACUGGAACAUUGAUCUCGUGCCGAAGCUGCUCAUGAGCAACGGCGAGCUCACCAAUAUCCUCGUCAGCACCGAUGUCACCCGCUACAUCGAAUUCAAGCAAAUCGCAGGCAGCUAUGUGCAGCAAGGCAAGGGCGCCAAGGCGACGGUGGCCAAGGUUCCUAGUGAUGCUGGCGAGGCGCUCAAGAGCCCUCUCAUGGGAAUCUUUGAGAAGAGGCGUGCAAAGAACUUCUUGCAGUGGGUUGGCAGCUUCGAAGAGAGCAACCCUAGCACACACAAUGGGAUGAACCUCUCCCAGACCACCAUGCGACAGGUCUACGACAAGUAUGGUCUGGAGCCCGGUACUCGCGACUUCAUCGGCCACAGCAUGGCUCUCUACACGACCGACGACUACCUUGACAACAAGGGCAUGGCCCGUGACUGCAUCGAGCGUAUCCGCCUCUAUGUUAACAGCAUGGCGCGGUACGGAAAGAGCCCGUACAUCUACCCCUUGUACGGACUGGGCGAGCUGCCACAGGGUUUCGCGCGUCUCAGUGCCAUCUAUGGCGGCACCUACAUGCUCAACACCAACAUCGAUGAGGUCAAGUACGAGAACGGCAAGGUCUCCGGGAUCCGCGCGACGAUGAAGGAGCGAGGCGAGGAGGGAGACGGCAUGAAGUUCGAGACAAGAUGCAAGAAGAUUAUUGCGGACCCUUCGUACUUCCCGGACAAGGUUCGCGUCACUGGCCACUACAUCAAGGCCAUCUGCAUCCUCAACCAUCCAGUGGACAAGACCGACAACUCGGACUCGCUCCAGCUGAUUCUCCCUCAAUCCCAGAUUGGCCGGAAGAAUGACAUUUACAUCGCCGUGGUGUCUUCCAACCACAACGUCUGUCCCAAGGGCUACUACAUUGCCAUUGUCUCGACUGUCGCCGAGACUGACGCGAACCACCACCUAGAGCUGCAGCCUGGUCUUGAUCGCCUGGGCCGGAUAGAGGAGCAGUUCAUGGGUCCUCCAAUUCCCAUCUACGAGCCGCUUGAGAGCGGUGCCAACGACAAUGUCUUCAUCAGCAAGUCUUACGAUGCCAGCUCGCACUUUGAGACUAUGACUGAGGAUGUCCGGGACGUCUACCGGAGAGCUGCAGGCGAGGAGCUGGUUGUUGAAGGUCUGAAAGAAGGCCAGCAGUUGGUGCAGGAAGAGUGA